AACAGUUUGGAAUACUUGAACGUUUUUAUAAGAAGGUGAUUUGAAAUUAUACAUCCAUCCGCAGAGGUGCUUACAAAAAAAGCAUGCAUGAAUCGGACCAUUGCUCAAUAGAUUUCGUACUAUUACCAGAGAAGAAAUGCAAAAUUAUGAAAAUUUUGAGAUCACCAACAAUGUCUGGACAGCGGAAAUACUGCAAUAAGGAAAAAUACGCAGAAGAGGAAAAGCAGCAAGCACUGCUUUUGGUGAUACCACGUGAGGAUUCGAAUAAUACGUUUGUGACCACCAUGUCUCGACGUGUUGGCUCACGUGCAAACACCAUAGACACCAAGAUUGAUUGACUGAAAAGCUGGAGCACAAUGACGAGGCACAAACAAUGCGGAACCGGAACUCAUCAGUCGACAAUCGACAGAAUUCUUAAUUUUUUUUGUGGAGGUGACAUUUACUACUUUGAACGAAAGCACGAAUGCGCUACAAGCAUGGAGAUCAGAUGUUGUCCGCUGCUACUGGUAGCCAUGGAGAUGCUGACUCAGAUAUCUCCUUAUUAUGCCUCGCAAGGUUUGUCGACAGUAUUUAUUCAUUCUCGAGGGAUCAGCUUGACACCUCCACACUGCUCAAACGUUGGCAGCCUGGACCAACUUCUUAUCUAAGAGACUGGACUGACCGCAAUAAUCUACUUAACAUAAGUCUUUCUAAUAGCCGGAAAUGCAAUCAACAUCUCUAUACGCCGUUGGAGCAGUGUAUUUUCUUCUUAUUGCCAAUUUCUACAAUAUGA